UAUGGGAUAGAAAAGUUGUAGGCGCUGAAUACGCUACGAUGAUAGAGAAAGGAAAUGAACAAGUAAAAGAUGCUUGCUGAUGCUGUUUAUUCGUGCAUAGGAUAUACAAUCGCAAUGAUUCUGCGUGUCAUUGCUGCGGUUUAGUAUACAGGGUGGCUGCAGUCAGCGUAUGUGUGAAACUGCCGGAACGAUUAUCGAGGGUUUUUACCAUACACCUACAGCCAUGUCUGGUCGCAGAAAGCAAGAAUUGUCAUCAGCACCUUCUAAUCCUACAUCAGCAUCUGGGUGCAGUUUCCCAGGUUGCAGUGGACAAGGUCACAUCUCCAGCAGAUACAGUAGACAUAAAACUAUCUCGUCUUGUCCAAUGGCUGCUGCAAAAAAACGCAAAGCUGAGAAGGAAGAUAAAGAGCACCCAGUUGGGAAAAAAAUCAAAGAAGGAAAAAUUCCGGAGUCUGAAUGUCAGAUUAAUGAAGAGUUGUUGAAGACCGAUGAAAAAGGUGGUGAUGAAGAAAACACUGAUGAAUGUUUUCGAGAAGCUGCUCGAGGUCUUCGGUCGCUUUCAGGAGAUUUUGAGGAACAGCAUUCUGGAGCAGCAUCUGAAAAUAAUUCCAUGGAAGAUUGUAGUACAAGACUACAAGCUGAGGUCAAAAUAAAAGAGGAGAUAAUUGAUGAUCAUUUUGAGGAUAUUAGUAGUGCAUCAGCAGGGACAUGUGCUCAGCCUGCAGCAGAUGUUGGGGCUUCAUCUGCUGAGGUGGAAGGUAAGAUUGCUGAAGAUGGAAAAGAUGCAACAUUAGAAGUGAAGGAGGAGUCUCCUGAAGAUGAAGUUGAUGGUGGAGAUGAGGCAGACAUUCUGCUGAGAAUUCAGAAGCAGUGUGCCAGCAUACAGAGCCAGGCUAAGUGCAAACCUGGUAUGUGUGAAAUGUCAUCAGUUUCUAUUGCAGAGGAAGAAAAUUUGGAAGUAGAAGUUAAAACCAAAGAGGAGGAAAAAGAAAAUGAUAGGGGUGAUCCCUUGUCAGACCAGUGGAUGGUGGAUAGCGAAGUUAAAACUGUUAAAACUGAGUGUACAGAAAUGAAGGUUUUUUCUGAGACUAUCAAGAAAGAAACAGACAGUGCAUUAAAUUAUGGAUCUCAUAGUACGAAAGAGGAGAAACAGAAUUUUUUGUCUUCUGAUGUAAAUGCAUGUGUGCCAAACCAACCCAGCAACUGUAAGACAGAAUGUUCCUAUCCUACAGGCAUGAAUUUACUGCAGGAGACAGAGGAUAGAAUUAGUGCUGCCACAGCUUUGACAGCAGUUGGUCAGCCGGUGCUGCUACAGCAACAACAGCAGCAUAUACAAUUGCAGCCAGUGCAAGGACAACAACAAGACACACAGACAAUGAUGCAGACACCACUUGUGCCUGCCCAGACGCUCAUCCAGCUAGCUGCGUCAGCACCUACUCAUAAUCAAAUGCCCAAUGGCCAUAUGACCAUGCCUACUCUUUCUCACACCAUUACACCAUCGUCAGUGACAUCCUCACAAAUCUACAUGGCACCUCAUGCACAGACAUCCCCCACUACCACGACACCCAUGCAGAGCCUGCUGCAAGACAAUAACCUUGAGGCUGAAGAGGCAGCGGCCUUUGAAGUGUUGGCAGAGUGGAGUAGCAUGGCCUCUGCACAACACCACAUCAGCCUGUCAACGCAGACUGAUGAUGAGCGAACUAACGACAGCACCUACAGUUCCUGUAGCAGUGGUGCAGACAGCAGCUUCACAUCUGGCAAAGGUUUCUCUUUUUAUGAAAGCAAAUGUCCCACUCCUGGGUGUGAUGGUUCAGGUCAUACAACCGGAUUAUAUUCUCAUCACAGGAGUAUUUCUGGAUGCCCAAGAAAAGAAAGAGUUCCACCUGAAUUGUUAGCACUUCAUGACCAAGCUGUGAGGUGCCCCACACCUGGAUGCAAUGGGCGGGGUCAUGUCAAUAACAACAGGAGCACUCACAGAAGCCUCUCUGGGUGUCCUUUGGCGGCUAUGGGAAAACUGAUCUCACAACAGCACAGCAAAAAAUCUGGCAUCCAUCUUGUUGUGUUGCCCAAGUCGGAUGACCCCUCUAAGGCAGUUCUCACGGCGUGCACAGAGGUUGAACUGUUUAGAUUGGCAGCAAAACAUAUGGCACAGGGCAGCGACCGAAUUUUAAGACCUAUGAUCUUGACAAAGCAAUUGGAGUUGCAAGACAAAAACCCUGUGGUUUCAGCAACAACUCCAAGGGGCAACCUUGCAAAAGAACUGGAAAAGUAUAACAGACCAACCAUGGAUGUUCCAGCGGUGUCCGGCCAGCUCCACCAGUCAGUGCAUCUCACACAACCACAGCUACAGCCCAAAGUAGAGGUCGAUGCUAGUCCAACAUCUGCUCCAUCCCUGUCUUUUGCAGACAAGCCAAAGCCACCAAGGGCUCGUGACAAUGCUCCUGAGCGGCCCAAUAUCUUGAGUCGAAGACCCCGUUUUAAACCCAGAUAUAGUUACAUCCCCACCUCCUCUGCUGACCUGGGGCUGGUGGGACCUUCGUCUGCUGCCUCUCAAUCUUCUCUAGCCUCCCCAGCCUGCAGCAUUGGCAGCAGCAGCAACAGUAGCUGCAGCAGUGAGAUGGGGAGCAUGCUAUCCCAGACUGUGCAUCAUCCUCCUCAGCAAGUGCUCAGUCAGGGGUGUCUGUCUGUUUCAGUGUCUUCCCCCUCACCAGGGGAUCAGAUAGUUUCACCGUUGAGCACUUUACCUGGGGCUUUGGUGAUCCAUGGUCAAGGGGGUGGCUCCUUAAGCAUUCCUCAGCCACUAGCCAAGACUCUAACAAACAACUCCGCCAUAAUGAACCUGGCUAGUGCUAACGCUCCCAACUCACUCAUUCCAGACAGUAGUGGUGGUGGCUUGUGCUCCUUCAGCGGCUCACCCCCUUCCAGCCCUCCCCACUCCCCUGACACUCAUUCACUUCUGGCCAAGUCUCAACGAAGCAGGGAUCUUAUCCAAUGUCCCACCCCAGGCUGUGAUGGUUCAGGCCAUAUUACUGGCAAUUACACUUCCCAUCGUAGUCUGUCAGGCUGCCCAUUGGCUGAUCGUGCUACUGUGCAGGCCAAUCAGGUGGAGCAGAAAUGUCCAACUCCAGGCUGUGACGGUUCAGGUCAUGUGACAGGCAAUUAUGCAUCGCAUCGCAGUCUUUCAGGCUGUCCACGAGCCGCAAAGAUGAAGAAACUGAUGUUGCGUGAUGGGGAAAAGAAAGACUUGGAAGAACCCUUGAGAUGUCCAAUCCCAGGAUGUGAUGGCUCAGGCCAUAUUACAGGAAAAUACCUCACACAUCGCAGUGCCUCAGGAUGCCCUCUGGCCAACAAGCAGAGACUGCAGCGGCAGUUAAUUGCAGGCAUUGAAAAUCAGGAUCCUGCUUUAGCACGCUCUGUGAAGUUAGAAGGUGGAAUUUGCCCAACCCCAGGCUGUGAUGGGUCAGGACAUGUAAAUGGCAGUUUUCUGUCACAUCGAAGCUUAUCAGGCUGUCCCCGUGCAACAUCAGCCAUGCGGCGAGCCCGUCUUACUCCAGCAGAACUCAAUAAUCUACAGAUGAAGGCACAGGCUGGUGAAGAUCUGUUCAGUGAAGAAGACCUCAUGACCCUUGAUGCUGAAAUAGAGCAGCUGAGAGCAGCAAAUGAAGCAAUGGAGGAUGAAGUAGGAGGACUGAGAAUGGAAGUCACAGAACUAGAGUCUUCCCUUGACACCUAUUCAAAUCAGGUUCAGUCUCUGGAAUCUCGUGACUCCAGCUUGAAUGAGUAUCUUGCAGGGUUGCAGUCAAAGCUUGUCCACUGUCUUCGGACAGUGCCAUUUUCUGAAGCAGAACAGCAGGAAUUGACUGAAGAAAACCUCAUCAGUUUUGUCAGCAAGAUACAGCAGCUGUAUGGUCCCAGUCGUGCAAGCGAAACUUCCUCACUUUUCAGUGCAAUCAAGUCUGCACUAGCAGAGAUAGAGGUGAACUAAAGUAUGAUAGCUGGAAGGUUUUUGUUUUAUUCUGUUUCCUUUUCUUCUUUUAACCCCUCAAUUAAAAGCUGAUAGGGGUUAAAAUUGAAUAGUUCAAAUCUUCUGUCCCUUUAUAAAAGGGCAUUACACUCCCAUCAACCUCCAUAAAAAUCGUGUUUGUGAAAAAAUAACAGUCUUUAUUGGUAUCAUUGUCAAAUACAGCUGCGUCACUUUUUGUGCUGUUAUCAAUAAAAGUAUCAGAACUUGAGUUGUUUUUUCAGUUAUAGCUCUUUUAAAUAUUUUUAUGUAAAGAUCAGCCAUUGGAUUCUAACUUAGUUUAAUUCAAAAAGCAUAUUUUGUUCACUGAGCUUAUUAUGAUCAUUUUGAACUGUUUUUAUAGCUAGAUAUAUAAAUCAUUGCACAGUUCAUUUCAGGACUGUUUAUUUUUUCCUUGAGUUUGAUUUGCUUUCAAAUGAUAAAACACAGGGUGUUUUCUGGACAGUUUAGAGAACAUAAAAAAAUGUAUGUGUAAAUGGCAUUAAAUUUACUUACACAUUGUUUAUUGCUAUUGUCUUCAAACCAUCUCUCAUACAUGUCUCCAAUACAGAAUUUCCACUUUUACCAAGAAAUUUUAAUCUUGGAAUUUUUUUAUUGUAAUAAAUAGAUUACAAACAACUGUGUUAUACGUACACAUUUAAAAUGUAUAAACUUGGCCUGAAAAAUUUCAGGAAGAUCGUUUAUAAUUUUUUAUUAUAAUAAUAAUACACAUUAAGUGUAUAUGUGUUCUAGGAGAUGGGGGUGGGGAGUGAUCCCAGGUUUCAUAUCAGAACUGCUGCUCUUGAAACUUUUCUAUGAAGGUUUGGAAUUUCUUACUGAUCGCUGGGAGAAGUCACAAAGUUCCUCCACAGUAUUGUGCAGAAGAAAUGUUGGUUUUAAAGUUAUCUUCAGAUGGUUGUGGUUGUAGUAAAAGGCUACUGUAGUGAUUUGUAACAAGAUGCAACAGUAUGUCUCCUUCAUGUUUUUUUCUACAGAGACCAUUCCACAAGUUACCUGGAUGGUGUAGUAUGAAAAUUAUGUGACAUGGCUCAGUUAGAUAAAUCAAAUGACACAUUAUUUCUAAUGAAGGAUAAACUGAAUUGCCCAUUUACAAAAGACAGUAAUUGAUAAGACUGUAGUCAAGUAAAUUCGGAGCUUCAGAUAUAAAGAAAGGAUAAAACAAAUUAUGCUGAUAUUCUCAGUUUUUCUUUCCCUUAUCCCUUAUUAAUUGUUUUACCGUUUAACAUGAUACCUAAUCUACUGAAAUGUGUAUCUUUGCAACUGUUGUAUGACCAUAGUGAAAUAAAUUUUAAUUUUUUUAAAAUAAAUAUUUGGAGCAAAAUUAUAUUUUUUAAUUCUGUGAGUAAAAUAAUAGGCAUUUAAGUCAUAAAAAAGAUAUUGAUAUUAAAAAUCUGUAAAACAGCUGGUUAAUUUAUUUACCCUGGAUCUCAUUAGACACCCAAAAGAUAUUGAGGGAGACUACAAAAUAAGGUAGCAAAAAAAAAAAAAAAAUAGUUUCAAGUCAGUGAAAGAAUAUGAUGAUUAUAUGGUGUAAUGAUUACAAUUUUUUUUCAAGCUUCUUCAUGUGUGUAAAGCAUUUGUAACUUUGUACUAUCUUAUCAUGUACUGUCGCGUGUACUGUUUCACUAUUUUAUUCUAUUAAUGUGCAAUUUCUUUAUUUUUAAUGCAAAUUUAAAAAAAUUAAAAAGGACUGAAGGUGAAUAUUAAGCUAGUGUUUUUUACAAACAUUUAUGUUGCUUGAAGUCUUUGUAAAACACUGUCAGCAUUAGCUUUUCUAGUUGUUUUGAACCAAGUUUCUGGGCCAUGGAGACAUAGCAGGUGCCUCUUCAGAAGAGUGUUGAUUCACUGCAGAUGUGCCAUUCAAGAAUGUGAAUGUGCUUAUGACCCAGUAUAAGCACUAUUUUCAUGACAAAAAUGUUUGUGUUGAGGACAAGGAAGCAUCACAUAAACAUUUAAACUGCCAAGUUUUUUGUAAUUUAAAUUAAGCAACCACUUGCUAAGACGUAUUGAAAGAUUUAUAAAAAUUAACAUUGUUUCAAUAAUAUUGCACUGUAUUUUGUUGUUUGCACAAUCUUUUAUACCCACACAUUCUCUUUGUAAAUUUUUGCACUAAUUUGAUGAUGCUAAAAGUAUUUUUCCCUGUGUAUAUUUUUUUGUAUCAUUAAAUUGCUUUUGCUUAGCAACCAAGUCUUUCAUUAAAAGCGCCGAUCAUAAAGUGUUUUCAUGUAGUGUUUCUACACAAUUGUUAUUAGUGAAAAGGCAUUCCAAAUUAUUUUGUAACAGUUUCAAGGAGUAACUGGGCCCAGGAGCUGUUGUGUAAGAUGACUAAGUUUUCAUAUUGAAAGGAUUUUGUUGCUCCGAUCACUUGCUAUUCUUUCAGUUUAUCUGGUUACUUGUCCAUGUGUCAGUCUCUUAACACUCUCCUCUCCCAUGUGCUUCAUUUCUUGAAAGUAUUAUGUGUGUGCGAGUGAAUGUGCACACACGUACAGACACACAUGAAUGCAUGUAAGCAAUAGUACUUGAAAGAGAGAGUGAUUUUGGUCGCAAACUGCAUGGUAGGCAUGACCCUCUUCCAAGAGUAUGUAAAUGUCAUUGACUUGAAUCAUUCUUAAGAUUUUGUUUCAGAAACAGCAUUAUUAAAAGCUAAUGAGGGAAAUUAAAAAGAGGUUUGCUGGAGGAAAAUUAACAGACCACACAUUUUUCAUGGUUUUUUUUUUUAUAAUGCUCUAAUAAAUAUGCGCACAAUGUUUCCUGUAUGUCAUUCUGAACUUUUAUGUCCCAGGGUAAAAACAUUUAUUUUCUUGUUUUACUAAGGAAAGUAUACAUUUAAUUUCCAAAGAUUGCUAAUUCAUGUAUCCUUGCUGGCAUGUGGAUAAUCAUGUUUGAGGAUGCCCACUCUGUCAUCUAUUCAUGUAUCUGUCUCAUCGUCUCUUUUCUCUCAUUUUUUUAUAGGACUAGUCAUCCAUUUGUGUUAAAAAUCCUUUUCAUAUCAUUUUAAGCACUGUCUUUUUUUCUGUUCUUGCUUUGGCUCACAAUUACUACCUUAUAUAAACAUUGAACAGCAUACUACUGGCGUAAGGACUUACCUCUUAUAUUAACAGAUAUGCACAUACCGAGGUCGAACUAGUCUUCAUGUGUCUAGUUUUCAUACAAAUUUCAGUGGCUGGUCAUGACCUCAAUGCACUUUUUUAUUUUUACCAUAGAAAAGAGAGGAUAUUUGCAUUUUUUUUAAAGUAUUCUUUGUGCUGACAGUAGUUUGAUGCACCAUGACUUACACCAUUCCAACUUUUCCAUAUUUCAUAUGAUUUUUAGUGGUGUCUAUUGCAUUGUUGCAUCAUGAGGUGUUACUUCUUUCCUAACUACUGUAGCUAUUUUUUUUCCAAACCACUUAGGGCUUUCUGUCAUGUUUAACUGUAGAGGAAGUCUGUCCUUUACUCUGUUUGUCUGUCAGUCACUAUGAGUAAGAUUCAGCAUUGCCUUUGGAUUCACAUGCUCAAUGGAAUAACUGUUUAUUGCUGAACUUUUUUGCUAACAUAACUGACCAGAUCCUUUUCUCUUUAAAAGGUUUUCUUCUGUUGGUGUUGACAUGUUCUUUACUGGUAUCUGCCUGUUUAAAAUUAAACAUAGUUUGCUUCCUCACUUCUCCUUUGUUUUUUUAAAGUAGGUCCUUAAAUUGAAGUACUUUCACCCUGAUUGCGAUGAUCUGAAACCUGUUAUCACUCUCUGCUACAUUUGCAUUUAAACUGCCAUUUGAUUAGCUUGUAGGUCUGUAUAUAUACAUAUGACACUUAAUGUGAUCUAAGUUUGAAGACCUGUAUUUGUCAUGACACUUUCUGCCAAUCCAGGUUACAGGUAUGCGUGUACAUUUUUGUGUUGUUGUGUUAUCUUAUUUAGUUAUAAAGAUAAAAUUGCUUUAUUUGGAUCUUGGCCAUCUCUUGUCUUUUCUGAACAGGUUUUGUAGAAUUUUUUUGUAAGUGUGUUUUUAUUGCUUUUCACUUUUAAUGUUGUUUUUUUACACAUGUGUACCAAUUCGUCUUAGCAGUACCACAUUAAUUGCUUAAUCUUUUUCUUAAGCUAUUCUUUCUUUUCGAAAAUACUUGUUCUCUUGUGAUUUGAUGAUGAUGAGAGGCAGCUUAUUGUUUGCAAUUUUUCAAGCUGACUUCAGGCUACUUCUUUUUUGUUUAAAACAUCAUGACACUGACUAGGGUCUUAGAUUCUCAACUGUUCUUAGUGUAAUGGUGGUCUGUGAAAAUAUCAUGUUUAAGGUUAGCAUCUUUCAGUAAUGAUGUCCACAAAGCAGUUGGACACUUUUUGGCAUUCUGUGCUUCACCUCUGUCAUCUAAACAAAAUGUCCUGGUGUGUUCAGACAUAACAGUGUAACAAAAAGACUUUAGUGUAAACGAAACCCAGAACAUUGUUUUCCUUAUGCUGGUUUGGGCUCAUACUCAUAGCCAUCAUCUGUUUAUCAGUUGGAUAGAUUGAUCUAACUUGGGUUAUGAACAAGUUGGUAAAAAAUAAUCUCUGAUCAACUCCCAGUUCAUGAGCCCCUGAGUACAUGAAGUUGACUAGCAGACCAGCAUAGCACGUUAUUUCCCCCCAACCACCACUAAAAAAAAAAAGUACGAGAUUGUGCAUGCAUUAUUUUCUAAAGAUACAAAUAUGAAGCCUAAAGUCAGAAUGAGAAACAUGAUUUUUUUUUUUAAUGCAAGCAGGAAGCUGCAGAAAGUCAAUUUUAUUUGGCUGGACCACAUGGUGCAUCACAAGCUUAAAAUAUAUUUAAAAAAAAAUAAAAAACAACCAGUGGGAUAAAAACCAAGGGAUCCAUGGCAACUGCAUUGUUCAGUUUUAUUUUUAUGGCAUCUGUUGGUCUUAGUUAUCAGACUAAUUAGCUCUUUGCCAUCACAUUUGACCAGUUUAUUUGGAAGAUCUUGAAAAGUUCUCUUUCCUUUGUUGAUCAAGAAUAAUCUCCACUGUGUUAACCUUAUAUUGGAGAAAGUUAUUAGGAGCUUCCUCUAAUAAAUUUCCAGCUGGGUAAAUGUUUUGGGUAGGUCUACCCAGAGGACAUUAAAAGGCAUUUUAGCUGCUACCUACAAGCAGCAGAUUUACCCAGUUAAGGCAGACAAGCCUACUUAGUAAACAUGCUUUAUUAAUACAAGUCCUGGUUGAUGCUUUGAGAACAUGUUGUAUAGGAUAUAUAAGGCAUUGUCAUUUUUUUAAGCACAAGUAAAACAGUUUUUGUCAUAGUGGUGCUUGAGUUGAUUUUAAAUUAUUACAUUUUUGGAUGAGUGCAAUAUUAAGUUUUUGUGCAAUAUGGAUUUUUUUCUUUUUACACUUCAAUGCAGCUUUGAUAAAAUUGCUUUAUGUCGGAGGGUUUCCCCCAUUGUGGACUAACAAUGAUGAAUAACAGCAGUAGCAUAGAAUUAGCUAUAACUGGCACUGCCAACUGCACCGAUUUCAAACUUUUUUAGCUUGUGAAAAAAUUUCGUCAAUUAGCAUGUAAAUCACAACUUUGAAGUUUUAAAAUUUCAUUUUUGUAUCAUUUACUGAGAGUAGAAAAUGUUCAUGGCUUUUACUACAGUAGAAAUGACAAUAAUUCUUCAAGCUGAACAUUUCCAGUAAUUUUUUAAGGACCUUUAUAAUUUUAUUCAUCUUUUUCAGUGUGUAAAUGUUGGUUUGAUUAUGGAGGGAAGAGGUAUCACACUACAGUAUGAUCACUUGUUUGUAAAUAAGGUCAGGAAAACAUCCAGAAACAGUUUGAUUUUAGAUAACUGUAAGAUUAAACAGACUUUUUGUGGAUUUUUUUUUGUGUUACCCAUCAUUGUGUACCUUGAUGUGUUCAUCUAGUAGCACUGUAAAUCUGUGGAGUGAAAUUUUUGCAGCUUGUGCUGAUUAUCUCAGCAUUUUUUCUUUAUUUUCUUGUUUCAUACAUUGCUCUAUUUAUUAUUUGAUGUGCAGCUAUUAUUUAUAUUCAGAUGACAAAGUCACCAAACUACUCUUGGGCUUAUUCCAGCCAAAAACUUUUUUGUCAUUCCAAAAGUAUUUAUUUACUGUAGCUGUUUACUGUUACUAUCACUUGUUGAUGAAUCAUUGAAACAAACAUUUUCUUCUUUGCCCUGAGAACAGAGGCUUAAACUUCUGCUCAGUUUGAUUUUAUAGGACUGAAGACACAUAUCAUAUUUAUCUAAAUAAAGUGUUGAAUUUGAGCUUGUUGGCAUUAAAGUUAAAGAAGGGCACAGAACAAGAUUUGAACAAGAAUGUUAAUUUAUGCUCAUAAUUGGAAAACAGUUUCACAGGUAUUUAGAUUUUACUCAAGUCAUAAAGUUCCCAUGAUUUGCCUUCUUAAUAUACCACUUCUACCAAAACAUCAGAGCUGCUGUGCAUAGUGGUUGACAUAAUGUUGUCAAAGUCUUAGUGCAAAGACCACUUACAUUUUCUGUGCUUGCAAAGUCUUAACACUUAACUGUGACCCUAUCAUUGAAACUACUAUCCCUUGUCUUAAAAUUUGACGACUUGUUCAGCAAUCAGUGUUUGCAAGAGUGUGCGGAAACAAAAGUGCCAAUUUCAAGGGCUGCCACUUUUCCCUCAAGAAAGCAUAGUUGGUGUAAAGGGCAACAGAACAUCUCGGAAAUCUUUUCUAUAUUUUUAAUUUGCUCACCAGAAAAGCUGUGUGCAUGCACACAUUGAUUGGUAGAAAUAGAUGGUAACUAUCUGGGGAAAGAAUUGUUAGGAUUCCACUAGGCUUGAGCAGAGCAUCUACCUCCAAGUGAGAUCCUUGUGAGUGACUGUUUGUCAUUGUUUCCUGGCAACUUUGACUCAAAUAAACAGGUUGUAUGGCUGGUUCUAGUAUUUUAUUUUAUGCUGUAAGGAAGAUGCAGUUUCCAUGUGUAAGACCAAGGGGCCUUGUGGUUGUAAUGUUGUUGGAUUAUCUUUGUAACAUGAAAGACAAGGUAGCGAACAAUUUUUGACACUUUCAGGCAGACUCUGUACUGCAAAAGAUUUUUUUUUCGGGGGGAAACAGAUAAACAAGUUUUACCUCUAUUUUCAAAUAAACUGUUUGCCACUCAAGCUGUUGUCUUUCAUCGGAUAUAAAUGAUUAGCUCAGACAUUCCUUGUUGAAAGUUCCCCAUAAACAAAUAUUACUGGUAGACAUAUUUAACCUUACUAUUCCAUGUCUUGAAAACUAUUUUGUGCUUCUAGAUGCUUUUGAUAACAUCAAAAGGGACAACCAAGCAUGCAAAAUAGCAGAAAUGAUUGCACUCAACAGUAGUGUUGCGCCUGACUCGAGAUGUUUUUUGCAUUUCAUUUAUGUUGCACAGGCUUUCCAGUAAUUAGCACCAUGUCAUCUACGGGGCAGUCUUUUGCUGUCUUCUGUACCAAAACAGUCUAGCGCUAUUUGUACGGUCUCAUCUGGUGCUGUAUAACUGCAACUAGGAAAUAAAAAUGCUACAUAUU